AUGGAAGCCCCAAGAAAAGACCAGGACAUCGUCGAGAAAGACCUCGGGGUCUCCCUCGAAAAAGAGGUGUCCACCGAUGCCCAAUCAGACUCCUCCCGCUCCUACAUGCUGAAAAUCAAAUCCAGAUUUCCCUGGUACAAACUCGCUAUCAGCAUUUUUGUCGGUGCAUUCUUCACUGCCUGGUGGCUCUCCAUCUUGAUCCAGGACAGAACCAGACCUAAAUGGUUGAUUCCAACCGUUUUCUACUGGAUGCUCAUGAUCAGGCUCAUCACCCUCCACACGCGUAUCUUGCCGUGGGUGUUCUCGAAGUGCCAAUACGUGUGGUACUUCGUGACUGAACGUCUCUACAAGCUCAUGCCCCAGAGAUACCAGAGAUUGCUUGUUGGUGCCACUGUCACCGUGGCUGUGAUGUUGGUGGGAGGUUUUGUUCCCACCGAAACUGAAUUUUCCAAAAGACAGGACCGUGCGGUGUCGUUUUUCGGUAUAGUCGUGGCCAUCGCAGGCUUGUACCUUACCUCCAACAACAGAUCCAAGAUCAACUGGAACACCGUCAUUGGUGGCAUGUUGAUGCAAUUCAUUGUAGCGUUGUUCGUGCUUAGAACCUCGGCCGGUUACGAUAUUUUCAAUUUCAUUUCCGUUUUGGCCAGAGAACUUUUGGGUUUCGCCAAGGAAGGUGUGGCCUUCUUGACCAACCACGACGUCGCCAACAUGGGUAUGUUCUUCUUCGCCGUGUUGCCCUCGGUCGCCUUCUUCGUGGCCUUCGUGCACAUCUGGUACUACUUCGGAGUUAUCCAAUGGGCCAUUGGUAAGUUUGCUUACUUCUUCUUCUGGUCUUUGAAGGUUUCUGGUGCUGAAUCUGUGGCUGCUGCUGCAUCGCCUUUCAUUGGUAUCGGUGAGUCUGCCGUGUUGAUUAAGGACUUGAUGCCCUUGUUGACCAAAGCCGAGUUGCACCAGGUCAUGACUUCUGGAUUUUCCACCAUUUCUGGUGCUGUGUUGGUUGGUUACAUCGGCUUGGGUCUUAACGCAGAGGCCUUGGUCACCUCCUGUGUCAUGUCCAUUCCUGCCAGUUUGGCCGUAUCUAAGUUGAGAUACCCAGAAACUGAAGAGCCAGUGACUGCCGGAAAAUUCCAGAUCCAGAAGUCACACGACGAAAACGACCCCGACAAGCCCCAGAACGUGUUGCAAGCGUUCUCCCAGGGUGCCACUCUUGGUAUCAGAAUCGCUGGUACCAUGUUGGCCCAGUGUUUGUGUAUUAUUGCCUUGGUGUACUUGUUCAACGGUAUCUUGACCUGGUUCGGUAACUUCUGGGGCAUCAACCACUUCAGUUUGGAGUUGAUCUUGUCCUACAUCAUCUACCCAAUUUCUUUCCUCUUGGGUACCCCAAGAAACGAAGUUUACCUCGUCUCCAAGUUGCUUGCUACCAAGUUCAUCCAAAACGAAUACGUUUCCUACACCAUGAUGAUGACCCAAUCCCCAUACAAGGACAUGUCCAAGAGAGGUAUCUUGAUUGCCACUUACGCCAUGUGUGGUUUCUCCAACUUGGGUUCCAUGGGUAUCACCUUGGGUGUCCUUAAUACCUUGACCCAAGGAUCCAGAUCUGCUGAUGUUGCCAGUACCAUUUUCUCUGCCUUGAUCAGUGGUGGUAUCAGUACCUCCAUUUCUGCCGCCAUUGCCGGUAUGCUUAUCCACGACUUGGGUGGCUACAACUUGGGCCCAGCCAACAACGCAUAA